AUGGUAGACCCUCAAUUCCUGCCCGUGCAUUACAUGAAUCUUUCAGUGGGGCCUUUCUGUAAGUGCUUCAUCCCCGUCACUCGUCCCAUUCGCCUCAUCAACCCCAGACCUUUGCCCCUCAUCCCUCACCUCUCCUCCUCCGUUUCCGUCCGUCCCUCAUCACCGUUCUCCCCUGAUCUUUCUCCCCUCGUUGCGGUGGCCCUCGAGAUCCUGCGCAAGCUCCGCGACGAGUCGUUCGCCGCGGGUCGCCCGGUCACUCUCGCGCUCUCCGCAUUUCCGCGCUCCAUGCAGCCGCUACUCGACAAGUUCAUCGGAGGAAGGCUUCCCGAGGAUGAGCUCCAGGUGGCAGUCAACUACUGGCCCAAGGGCCGCUUCCAGGAGAUGUUACCACUCCUUUGCUACUGUCGCGAAGCAGGGAUUCGCCUGUUCGCGUGCGGCGUGCCCCCUAAGGUACUUCGCACAGUGCAAGCCGGCGGUAUUCAAGCACUCUCCCCGUCGGACCGCAAAAAGUACGCGCCGCCGCUAGGAGGGGGCUCGGCCGUCUUCCUGCGGCCCGACAGCACCACUGCCGUCCCUUCGUACGGCGGCGGUAACGCAUCCGCAUUUAGCGCCGCUGCGACCAGCGGCGGGGCAGCAUUAGCAAACGGCGGCAUCAGCAGCAUUAGCGGCGGAAACGGCGGGCUGCUGGGAAUCGAACCCAUUGCGAACGCCGCCGAGCCUCUUGUCUCCCGGACCUCCUCCCGAGCCUCGUUCCCGUUCGGCCCGGGCCCGUACUGGUUCGCGCAGGCGCGUGUUGUUGAAGAUCACGCUAUGGCGGGCGCGAUCUCGCAGGCGAUGUCAGAAGGCGGGAAAAUCGGGCUUCUUGUCGUCCUCACCGGCGCGUCGCACGUGCGAUUCGGCGCCAACGGUCGCGGCGUGCCGUCGCGCGUCGCGGAUUGGCUGCGCGCGUCCCCGGCGUCGCAGGCCGUCGUGCUGCUUAACCCCGAGCGGCAGCGCGCGCGACUCGAGACCGAUUUCCCCGAGGCCGAUUUUUUCUGGUACUCGGGCAGCUGGGCGUGCACGCGCAACUGCUUCGACCGCGCGGAGAUCGCGCGCGUGAUGGGCGCCGCGGGGCGCACCCCGGACGCGCUCCCGCGCGACCUGCAAGUCGGGAUCGAGCGCGGAUUAAUCUCCCCUGACACGCUCCAGUCUUUUUUCGAGCUCGAGAACAACCCGCUAAUCGCGGAAGCGACGAAGCGGUUCGAGGGUUUGCGCGAACGGUUCUACGCGGAUCCGCGAUUCCUGCAGCGGCUGUGCACGGAGGAGGCGAUUAGCAUCGCCACGUCACUCGCCGCCCAGUUUCAGAAGCGCGGGGAUCGAUUUUGGUCGGAGCUCGAAUACGUUUCCGCGGAUAUUCUUAGGGGAACGGUGGUAAACUUUUUUUCGGUGUGGCUGCCCGCGCCGCGGCUCUCCUUCCGGGAUGCAGCUGGGCCGGCCGCGCAGGCGGUCGGGGGGGCAGUCGGGGAAAAACCUUUUGGCGGGCUGACCGCGUGGAUUUCCUCGCUGCCCCACAAUGCGUUCCAAAUGGCCGGGCCUGGGCAGAAUUUCGGUCUGGCGGAACGAAUCGGUACGGUUGUGGUGGCGGGAACGAAACUUUUUUCGGUUGGGUUUGUUUCGAGCGUGGCGACGCUGUCGCUGACAAAUUUCCUGGCGGACAUGAAAAACAAGCUGCCCGCGAAAUCAACCGAUCAGGCAGCCAGCGGGCAGGUUUCCACAAAUGAGGAAUUUGGAGCAGCUGGGGUGGCAGGAGGGUCUGCGGUAGCUUCGGGAACAGCAGCAGCAGCAGCAACGGCAGGGGAAGCAGACGCGAAUGGCAGCGGAUCUACAGUGGCGAGAUCUCCCGUAUUCAAAACCGCAUUGGUGUACGGCGCGUUCCUGUCCACGUCAGCGAAUCUGCGUUACCAGGCGAUUGCGGGGAUUGUGGAGCAUUGGAUCGCGGAUUAUUACUUGGCGUCCAAUCCGGUCGCGGGGACAGCUGUGUCGUUCCUCGCCCGCACCACCAACUCCUACUGGGGUACCUCG